GUUCGGCGGCUCGCCGUAACGUACACUUUAUAAUAUACACAGCACCGCAAUAUAAGCAAGCAAAGGCAGCAACAUCGGAGCUCGGCGGCGCGAGAAACGAGCGUUCCUCGGGGCCGCCGAGGAGGUAUCUUUUCUCUCUCUAUACACUACUUGCUGUGUGCGCUCAACACAUCCGCCAUUGUCUUUGCGCGUCUCUCGCCAGUAAGAUCACACACGGCACGAGCAACUUCGCCGCGCGCCUCGCGAGCUACUAUACAGCUACUCACACUCUCAGUACACACAACGGCAACAACGGGUCUCGGUUAGAGCACGGUCUCGUCAUUCGUUGUAUAUUUUAUUUUUAUUAAAAAUUUCGGAGCAAGCAGAGUAUUAUAAUUCACGCGAACGGUACCGUCGUCGUUUUCAAUUCAGCACCGCCGCCGCCGCCAGGAUGGCCGAUACGGACGAGCUGGAGCAACGUCGCGCCGAGGAGUACCAAAUGCAGUUGUUCGGAUUGCACUCACGUACCGCCGUAGCAGCGAUCAAUCAAAAGAUCAAGGACGCUCUAGAUACAAGAUGCCGCAAUCUCUGCAAAUCAAUUAGUAAAAAAUACUCUUUAGACGAUGUCGGUCAAGAAAAGCUUCAAAAAUCGAUCAAUGACUUGAGAAAGACUUACUCGAGAAAUAUGCAACCUAAUUUGAAAUACAUGGAGAAACUUAUCCAUCAAUUCCUGAGUAUACCGGAUAAUGUUUUGUUGGACGAGGACAAAUGUCAAGAAGUACAGUAUACAGAUGAGCAAUACAGAAAUUUAGAAAAGGAAUUGGAGGAGCUUCAAGAAAAAGCAAAAAGGGUGACAAUUUUUAAUGCAGCAUUAAAAGAAGAAUCAGAAAUAGCAGAAAAUUUAGGGGAGUCUCAAGAAAAGGCUACAAAACUGAUAAAUAUUGUUAAUAAAGCUCUACGAGCUAAAAAGGUUGAUAAUAAAACUAAGCAUACAAUUGAAAGUUGUAAGCGUUUGAUAGAUUCACUUGAUGAACAUAAAAAACCAGCUCUAAAAGAAAUUUAUAAUCCUAAUGUAGACGAAUCAGAUUUAGAUUUGAAUCUUGACGCAUAGUAUUGUUUGCUUGAAGCGAACCAAUUUGUAUAAAUCGAGUGAUUGUUAAACUUGCCUAAGUUCUAAAAUAGUUUUAUGAACUAAUCUGUAUUAUAGUGUGUAAUUAUGAGAACUUAUUUUCUAGAUUAAAUUAAUUUUUGUACUUCA